AAGGAGCUGCGGGUAAUCGCUACCGCAAAUACAUACGAGUACUUCGACGUAUGCCGAUUAACACCGGAUUUAAGCAAUCUAGAAGCACAGUGGAGAAUUUGGCGGGAAAGCAAGUAACGUCCAACAUGUCGAUAACAAGACAAAGUUCCAUUGGUAAAUCUUCCACAAGUGAAAGCAGAAGAUGUCCGGGACCUAGACGUGCAAUGGCGGUUGUCCAAGAAGAGGAUGAGAGGAAUACUGUGGAAAAGACAUUGUCUUCUAGUUGUCGAGCACGUAGGUUCGAGAGAGGUGGAAGUUCCCUUCGUUUACAACCAGGAAGAGGAUCUUGUGUCCGCUUUUCUACAGAUGAAACUGUUCCAGAUAAAGGCACUACUGAAACCAAACUGAAACCGGUAAGAGUUGGGUGGAAAUCAUCCAAGUUAUUCAGUCGAACACUUUCUUCUGCUGAAUUCCUGCGGAGCUUGAAAAGGUUUUCAGUAACAUCAAGCGGAGAUGAAUCUAAGUUUUCUCAACCUGUGACGACAAAGUCUUUAAGAUAUAAAAUGAGCUCGUUCAGGAAGAAAAACUCUGGUAGCGAGGAAGGAGUAAGAGGAUCAGACGGACGACCAGAAAUGGGGUCGAUAAAACCUGGUGCAAGUAACAAUGACCAUCGCUCUGAAGAUAAGCCUUCUCAAGAAACUUGGAGACAGAAGAAAGGAAUAAUCUGUAAAACUGAAGACUUAAUGUUCAUUAUGUCUGACGUCAAUAAGAACGAAGAAGAAGAAAUAUCCAAACCAGUGACUAAACAGAUUCCUCGUCGCUUUACACGAUCAAACACGUUGAAUCCCUCUACUGACAAGUCUCUGAACCUCCGAAGGGAAGGAUCACUGAUUCGACCAGCGAGUUACCGAGGAACACGUCCGCGAUUACAAAGAGCCUCAUACCGCAGAACUUCUAGCGGCGAAGAAAAUAAAGAAGUUUCCGUUGAAGUUUUCAAAGAAAAGUCGACCGACAAGACGUACGGUAAAAACGACAACGUGAAAGAAACCCCUCCUUCUAACAACGACAAAGAAUCUGGUGAUGAGAAUGAUGAAGAAGGAACUGUUCCCUGGGAUGAUAAAAACUUGUUGGAUGCCAUGAUGCUAGGUGACGCCAUUGAAUCCUUCUUGAAGAGCUCUAUGGGUCCAGGAAGUGUAACAGAGAAACGAGUGUCUUUUGAAAAUGUAUAAAGUGAAAUAUUAACCAUUUUCUAAGAUAGAAUCAACCAAAACAAAUAUGUCACCAACUAUGACAAUCUGGUGAGGUGGUUACUACGAAAACUGUUUUAUUGUACUGUAUAAUAUAUUCAGUCGUAUAUGUGAAAAUUAUAGAAUUCCUUAAAAUUAUGAAUACAGACAAAAGUUUGAACAUUUUCGACGUCUAACUUAACUGCCAAAGGGAUUUCUAUUCAACCAACUUGUUUUAACAGUGACUAUUAACCCUAAAUUGUAUUGAAAUGUCAAGACCAAAACGCUUCAGGAGUUAUAGGACUGAUGUAAUCCAUCAGAGCUAUAAAAAGGUGGAGUCAUCAUUUGAAGUAUGACGACGGAAACAGAAGAAAGUUCAUAAUUUAGAACAUUCAUUAUGUUAGAAAAACACGUAGGUUCAAGAAGUCUUGAUAGAAAUAAAUAAAAUCCCUAUAACCCGAGUGCUUUCGAAAGGUGGACCUUUCUUCUUCAGGGGCAAACUGUUAGUAGCUCUAGAUAAACUGACUAUCUAUUAUAGCAGUGGUAAAACUGUUAGAAGCUCUAGAUAAACUGACUAUUAUAGCAGUAGUAAACUGUUUAAGCUCUAGAUAAACUGACUAUCUAUUAUAGCAGUAGUAAACUGUAAGAAGCUCUAGAUAAACUGACUAUUAUAGCAGUGGUAAACUGUUUAAGCUCUAGAUAAACUGAUAUCUAUUAUAGCAGUGGUAAACUGU